AUGGACUUCCCUACCCGGGAUAUAUUUCCUUUCCGUCUGGAUAUACAGUUAGGGAAAGACUGGUAUUGUUGUCUUGAAAAUUGUAAAUCAUACAACGCGGCAGACGCAAAAAAAUGUGGUGAAUGUCAGCAUGAGAAAUGUGCGCAAUGCCAAGGUCCGACAUAUGGGAUGUCUCAAGUGGCAUAUAUGUAUAUCUGUUGUCAAUGCGGUGACGGUCCGAAGCUGUAUAACAUGCAACCAACGUGUUACGUAUGCAGCCAUCAAGCAUGUUCUAACUGCCCCACUGCUCAGUGA